AUGAAGGCCAUUCUCAUCAAAGGCGGCACCGGCCCCGCCGACAGCCUCUAUCUUGGCCAGGAGCCCACACCAGAGCCCAGCAAGGGCGAGGUCCAAGUCAAGAUCAAGAACUUUGGCCUCAACAGGAUGGAUAUACUCCAGAGAGAGGGCAAAUACCCACUCCCGCCUCAAGCAUCAAAGACCAUCUUGGGUGUCGAGUAUUCUGGAGUAGUCAUCCAGCUGGGGGAGGGAUCCACAAAGUGGAAAGUAGGCGAUGAGGUGUUUGGCCUGGCGUAUGGAGGCGCUUAUGCGGAAUACAUUGUCUCUCCAGAGAUCAUGCUUUUGGCCAAACCCGAAAAGCUGAGCUGGGUAGAGGCCGCUUCGAUCCCCGAGGCUUGGAUGACUGCUACCCAGGCUCUGACGCUUGAGGCGCCUCUCAAAGAAGGGCAAAACGUUCUCAUCCAUGCCGGUGCUUCGGGCGUGGGUCUUGCAGCCAUCCAGAUCGCUUUGCAUGCUCUUGGAGCUGGUAAAGUUUUCACGACCUGUGGCUCGGACGAAAAGGUCGCUUUUUUGAAGAACCUCGGGCAUUCCGACCGUCUGCACGUCUUCAAUUAUAAGACUCAGAACUUUGAGGAAGAGAUCAAAAAGAUUGACCAGGGUGUGGACCUCAUUAUCGACUUUGUUGGCACUCAAUACUAUACCCAGAACAUCAAUCUCCUCCGCCUCGAUGGGACCCUCUACUACCUUGCCUUCCUGUCGGGCGCCAAGUUCCCCGAAGGCGCCAGCAUUGCACCCAUCUUGGGCAAGAGGUUGACCCUGAAGGGAUCUACGCUGAGGUCAAGAAGCGCAGAGUACCAGUAUGGAUUGCUCAAGACGUUUGAGGGCAAGAUACUGCCAAAGAUACUGGACGGAACUAUGCAGGCAAAGGUGCACGAUGUGUAUCAAUGGACUGAUGUCAGUGAAGCCCACAAGGCCAUGGAGGCAAACAAAAAUAGCGGAAAGAUUGUCAUCGAGAUCAAGGAGUAG